AUGGCAUUCCAGGUUCUCAGCCAUAUAAAGCACCUUCGAGACCCUCUUGACGUUGAUGAUAGAACGAGGUGCUCGACAUCCACUAUACCUAAACUGUCGCCCACAAUUAGGUCAAUGGCAAGUAAGGGUGAGAAUAUGGCAACAUCCAACGGAGACCCAUCAGAUGGAGGGAUUGGCAAAGAAAAUGAUACAGUCGAAAGUAAAGGGAUUACCUUUGCCAACCAGAACUCUCUGCCAAAAUUACCUAUACCGGACCUUGAGUCGACCUGUUCAAAGUACCUCGAGGCUUUAGCUCCGCUACAAAGCACAAAGGAACAUGAGACCACAAGGGUUGCUGUGAAAGAAUUCAUGGAAGCUGAGGGGCCUGGGCUUCAGGAAAAGCUGAAGAAAUAUGCUACUUCCAAGUCCAGCUACAUAGAGCAAUUCUCUGUUGUACUCAACCUCAACCCCUUUUUCCUGUUGGCAGAUGACCCAACACCAGCAAGGAACAACCAAGUAACGAGAGCAGCCUCCCUUGUUGUCUCUGCCUUGUCAUUUGUCCGUGCAGUGCGUAAGGAGGAGCUUGCACCUGACACCGUACGCGGCAAGCCGCUUUGCAUGUUCCAGUACUCGCGGCUAUUUGGGACAGCACGGGUACCUACGCCCAACGGCUGUGUAAUCGGUCAAGACUCUGCGUCAAGACACCUUGUGGUGCUAUGUCGGGGUCAGUUCUACUGGUUUGAUGUUUUGGACGAGGACAACAACCACUUGAUGAGCGAGAAAGAUAUUUCGAUGAACCUCAGAGUGAUUAUUGAUGACGCCGAACAGACACCGACCCAGGAGGCAGCCAAGGGGGCUGUGGGUGUCUUGAGUACCGAGAGUCGGAAAGUCUGGUCUAAACUGAGGGAUAUUUUGACCCAAGAUGGCAGUUCAAACAAUGCGGAGUGUCUGAAUAUUGUCGACACCGCAUUGUUUGUGCUCUGCCUUGAUUCCACCGAACCAUCCAGCGUGGCAGAACUUUGCGGGAACAUGCUGUGCGGCACAAGCCAAAUUGUUCGAGGGGUGCAGAUUGGAACAUGCACAAACAGAUGGUAUGACAAGCUGCAGAUUAUUGUUUGCAAGAACGGGAGCGCAGGAAUCAAUUUUGAACAUACUGGUGUGGAUGGGCAUACGGUUCUUCGUUUUGCCAGUGAUGUCUACACAGAUACGAUCCUUCGGUUUGCCAGGACUAUCAAUGGCCAGGCACCGAGUUUGUGGGCGUCCAGCAGUCCUCCACCAUGCAAACGCGACACUACCGCCGGGCUUGAUGACGCUAGCACAACGCCUCACAAGCUCGAAUGGGACAUGGGACCCGAGCUGAGCACGGCGUUACGGUUUGCAGAAUCUCAUCUAGCAGAUUUACUACGUCAACAUGAAUUUGAGACCCUGGAUUUCGCAGGGUAUGGGAAGAAUUUUAUCACUAGUAUGGGCUUUUCUCCGGAUGCGUUUGUGCAGAUGGCAUUCCAGGCAGCAUAUUAUGGCUUGUACGGGCGUAUCGAAACGACGUAUGAGCCUGCGAUGACAAAGUUCUUCCUGCAUGGGAGAACAGAAGCGAUACGUACUGUCUCUGCUGAGUCAACAGAGUUCGUCAAGACAUUCUGGGGCGAUAAUCCGGCGGCAGAGAAGGUUAGGGCCCUCAAACGGGCAUGCGAGAAGCAUGUAGAUAUUACAAGGACAUGUUCAAAGGGACUGGGUCAGGACCGACACCUUUACGCACUCUACUGCCUUUGGCAGAGAUCCCUCGGUGAUGGCGCUGCGGUGUUAGUUUCUGAUGGCGAAUCGUCUGCGGAGGCUGAUAUAGCGGAUGGAAUGCAGAGCAGCACACCUGGUUCUCGCAGCCGUCAGACGCCUACCACACCAACGCUGUUUAGCGACCCGGGAUGGGAUAGGAUUAACAACACCAUUCUCUCGACUUCAAACUGUGGAAAUCCCGCGCUGCGUCACUUUGGAUUUGGACCGACGUCUGGUGAUGGAUUUGGAAUUGGGUAUAUCAUCAAGGAUGACACAAUAUCUAUCUGCGCAUCCUCUAAGCAUCGACAGACUAGCAGGUUUAUGGAUACGCUUGAUUCAUAUCUGGUUGAGAUUCGCAAACUGCUGCGAGCCACAAACCAGUCAAGGGCUAGGGGCAAGGCGACUGUCUCUGACUCCGCCCACAAACAGGCUGGAACAAAGUCCGAGCGAAAGGGACGAGUGAUCAGAACGGAAUCCCUGGGGGACAUGGAUGGCAUCGAGAGUGGUGACGACGAUGGGAUGGGCGGCUACGGGUUCUUUGAUGCAGGAAUGCUCCUGCAUGCACUGAAGGGAGUGAGAACGGACGAAAGAGAAGACAGCAAGGCCUCCUCCCCUCGACGCCUGGUGGGAAAGAGCCUGAAAUUCAGCGAAUACUAA